AUGGCCCUCGUCUCCUGGGAUCCUUGCGUGCCUAAGCGCUACUGCUCCAGGAACUCUUCUAAGUUGAGGCAAUUGCCAGAGAAUUCCCAGGUGAUUGGUCUUCUCAACGUAGACCGCGACAACGGUGUAGAUAUCUUGCAAAACAUCACCGAACUAAUACUUGAAGGAAAUGAGUAUCAAGUCAACGAGAGCACUAGCCCCUUCUCAUACUCCUCACAGGAAAGUUUCAGAACUUACAACCCUAUCAAUCCACCCACAACUGGCAUUGUGGACACAAGGGUAAUGGUGGAUGGAUGUGACGACGAUGCCACCUGCAUUGCUGAUUAUAUACUUUCUAGUGACAUUAACUUGGCUAAGAGCACACUAGCAUCCAAACGAGACCUCAACAUGAGCACCAAUACUGUCGCUCGUACUCCACCAACAAUCUCAAUGAGUCGAACUGCCUUGCAUGGUACAUAUCAAGCAGCUAGCACAGUUACUGUUGUCUCAUCUCCAAGAGCUGGGUUGACGAUCAUGAGCAUCAAUUACACAGCUAAUGGUAUCACCGUGUCUGCUCAGAGAGUAUCCCCCAGUUCACUGGUCUUGUCAUGGACUCCUACUGAGAGGCAUCUCAAUGGCAGUGUGUCACUACAUGUGACAGCAGCCGACAGCAAUGGUGACAUCGCUACCAUGACAAUUCCAGUUGCUCUGUGCAGCUGCUAUGGAACUUGUCAGCCACUUACGUCCAUUUCUCUGACAGAACCCUUCACUCAACUGGGCUGUGCCUCUUGUGAAGCUGGUCGCACUGGUUCUAACUGUGACGAGGAUCUGGACAGCUGUAUUACAUCACCAUGUUCUAGUUCACUACACACGUGUACUGAUAUCCCGCUGCCUGGAGAUGGCUUCACCUGUUCAUGUCGCGCUGGUUUCACGGAGAGCAAUGGCAACUGCCUCGAUGUGAACGAAUGUGUAACUGGCGGUGGCCACAACUGUCCACAAGGCCGCAGCUCAUGCACCAACACAGCAGGCUCCUAUCUAUGCCAGUGUUCGGCUGGCUACACAGGCGAUAACUGUCUAGAUAUGGACGAAUGCAGUUUAGAUGUGAACGACUGUAUACGUUCGAGGGGUUCAUGUAUUAACACGGCUGGAAGUUACGAGUGUGUUUGCCCGGAAGGUUUUGAAGGCACUGGAAGACAGGAUUAUGGUGGUUGUGAUGUUGUUCAAUGUAGAACACCUAAGAUUACCAAUGGAAAAAAGAACACAUCACGUAUACUUUAUGGAGAUACCGCUCGAUAUGCUUGUGAUGAUGGCUUUCGUCUACUCGGUGAUGGAUCACCAAACUGCACUGCAGAGGGCAAGCUGACAUCACUACCUAAAUGCGUUUAUGAUGGAUGUGCCGACGGAUCCCACCAGUGUGACCAGAAUGCUGGCUGCAAAAAGGCUGAAAAGGGAAACUCACACGUUUGCACCUGUCAACCAGGUUUUACAGGAGAUGGACUAACCUGUGCACCAUUUGAUGGAUGUGCCGAGGGAUCUCACCAGUGUGACCAGAAUGCUGUUUGCAGAAAGAUAGCGAAGGGAAACUCAUCAUACGUUUGCACCUGUGAACCAGGUUUUAAAGGAGAUGGUCUCUCCUGUAUAGUAUGGUUUCUCUACCACGAACAGUAUGGUUUCCUCUACCACGAACAGUAUGGUUUCCUCUACCACGAACAGUAUGGUUUCCUCUACCACGAACAGUAUGGUUUCCUUUACCACGAACAGUGUGGUUUCCUCUACCACGAACAGUAUGGUUUCCUCUACCACGAACAGUAUGGUUUUCUCUACCACGAACAGUAUGGUUUCCUCUACCACGAACAGUAUAGUUUCCUCUACCACGAACAGUAUGGUUUCCUCUACCACGAACAGUAUGGUUUCCUCUACCACGAACAGUAUGGUUUCCUCUACCACGAACAGUAUGGUUUCCUCUACCACGAACAGUAUGGUUUCCUCUACCACGAACAGUAUGGUUUCCUCUACCACGAACAGUAUGGUUUCCUCUACCACGAACAGUAUGGUUUCCUCUACCACGAACAGUAUGGUUUCCUCUACCACGAACAGUAUGGUUUCCUCUACCACGAACAGUAUGGUUUCCUCUACCACGAACAGUAUGGUUUCCUCUACCACGAACAAACCAUUGCCUAG